AUGUCACCCAGGUCAAGGAAGGCCCAAAAACUUAUGCUGUCUGAUUCACCAACCCAUACACAGUCGCCUUUACGAGACGCCGAAUAUUGUCAAUCAAGCGCCAAUGAGGAAGAUCUACUUGAUUCCGAAUCUGAUACCCCAGGAGAACAUGAAGAACUCAAUACAAUAGGUCUUACAGACUUUCUAAAUUUCGACCCUAAACCCACUCUAAUAGUUGAUCUUUUGCGCCAUAAUGCCCUUGGAGAUAAUUUGGAUCCAGAAUACAUGAACAAAGCUUUCCAGUCCAAUAUUCUUCUCACGAGUACCAUAUCUACAAACUCUGAAGAACAGACUUCUCCAACACUUCAUUCUGGGGGACCUGCCUCUACAACCUUCAGAUCUCUAAUCAAGGACUUCGUCCAGAAACAAACCAGUGAAGAUUACCCAGGCCAAUCGUUUUCAUACAAUGGGUUUCUCUGGUCUGGAUUCACAAUCAGGAAGAGAUGGGUUUUAAUUUGUGCCAAAAGGAACUUUGAGUACCACCUUCUCCGACAAGACAAUUGCAGCCUUAAAGAUGUCCAAGUGUCAAAUUUAAACAGCCCGGCAAGUGGCGCACAAAAUCAAAAUGAAGAUGUCAUUAUGAGUGAGAUGGUCGGGGGACCAUCCUCAGAUUGGGCCACCGAGUCUCCAGUUGCAGACUGGACAAUCGAGCGUCCCGAAGGUUAUCUCUCUGAUCACAUCGUCUUCGCUCGAGGUGUGGACUGGUCUUCGACACCUUUAGGUCCCAUGAACAGCUGGUCGCCCGAAUUUCGCCAGAUCGUCAACAUGGUGAUUGCCAACCCCCACCCUGCUGCUAUUUUCUGGGGCGAAGAGUUGACCGUAUUGUACAAUCAAACUUACGCGGAGACUGUAGCUGGUCAGAAGCAUCCACGUUUGAUGGGGACAGGCGCUCGAGGUCCUUUCGCAGAGAUUUGGGAGGAGGUUGGCGAGAUUUUCAAUGAAUGCAGACGGACAGGGAGAGGAAUCGCCAUGACAGAUCAAAUGUUACCCCUAGAGCGUCAAGGUUUUGUCGAGGAAACUUUUUACUCCUGGAGCUUGACGCCCAUCUGGAAAGCCGGCCCUAGCCCUGAGCUCCUGGGCGUUUACAACGCACCCUUUGAGACGACCCAAAAGAACGAAUAUGACUUCCCAUUUGUUUUGCUUUACUCGGUCCUCGAUGAUAUUGAGAAUGAUGCAACAUCGUCGAGAGGGUCGAUUUCUUCUGAUAGUUCUACGAGUAUCAAGUCGGUUAUUUUAGAAGGCUCUUUAGGUGUUCCAGAAGGACAUGUAAGCGCUCAAAGCAGACUCGAUCUAAAGAGACAUCUGGGAGGAUAUGUGCCAGCCUUGAGAGAGGCCAUGAAAACACGCCAACCAACUUUGUUAUCACUUUCGGAUAGUAUGCUUCCAGUCGGCUUGACACGAGGAUAUAACUGGAGAGGGUUUGGCGAGCCGUCACGAGAGGCUGUGGUAUUGCCACUGAGACCAACUAAUGCUGAAAAUACUUUGGGCUUUUUAGUUAUUGGUGUGAACCCUAGGAGACCGUAUGAUGCCGAUUACGAAUCUUUCGUCAAAAUCUUGAACAGACAAUUGGCAAAUUCCCUAGCCUCGGUCACACUUUUCCAGGAUGAAAUCCGACGUGGUACCGAUGCUGCAGAAAUCGCUGCUGCUGAGCGUAUGAAACUCUCUGAAGAGUUAGCUUUUCAGAAAGGAAGAUUGCAACGUAUAGCCGAAGUUUCGCCUGUCGCUUUAUUUUCAGUUGAUAGCGAUGGUACAUUGCUCGAAGCCAACGAUCGUUAUUACGAGAUUACGGACCUGCCUCGCGACACGGCUUCUAGAAUGUCUUGGAUGGAUACGAUUGCUCCAUCUAGCAUUCCGACUAUGAUGAAGGGUUGGGAGAAACUCACCACUCGUAAUCAGCCGUGGUCUGGUGAGCUUCAACUCGUCAAGCCAUGGUAUGAUCCUAUCACUGGUGAUGAGUAUGAGAAUUGGAUUCUGGCGAGUUACCAGCACGAAUUUUCUUUGGAUGGAAGUAUCAAGAGCAUCAUGGGAUAUUGCACCGAUAUCACGCUCCAAAAAAGAUUCGCUAAAGAAAUGGAAGAUCGUGCAGAGCUCUCUGAACAACUUUUACUUCGCACAAACCAGGCCAACGAAAUCGAACGAAACUUCAGAAGAUUCAGUGAUCUUGCUCCUGGUGGCCUAGCUAUUCUCGAUCCAGAAGGGAGACUAACCUACGCGAAUGAGCAAUGGUUUCAUAUCUCUGGUCUCGCAAAAAGCGAAACCUUAGCAGAAAUUCCCUUCUCAUGGAUGAAUGCAAUAUACGAGUUGGACCGACCGAAGUUUAGAUCGCAAUGGUUCGCGCUGGUAGAGAAAGCUACUCCAUUUGUAAUAGAAACACGUAUGGAACAACCAUGGGUAGGGGACAUAGCUGGGAGUACAUUGACUAUUCAGCGCUGGGUAUUGGGUACAUUUUCUGGAGAGAAUGAUGAGAACGGAAAGCUGAAGAGUGUGAUGGGCUGCUCAACAGAUAUCUCCAGAAUAAAAUGGGCCGAAGAGAUUCAAGACAGACGACUAAAAGAUUACGAAGAAACAAGGCGCCAGCAAAAUUCAUUUAUCGACAUAACAAGUCACGAAAUGCGCAAUCCACUCAGCGCUAUCGUUCAAUGUGCAGAUGGUAUCUCAUCAUCUUUGAAACAAUACAGAGCAGCAAACAAGGAUCUGGAGGAGCGCGAUUGUCAACUCGCGACUAUCUUGAAAGAUGGUAUAGAUGCCGCCGAAACAAUUCAACUUUGUGCUCAACACCAAAAAUCAAUUGUUGAUGAUGUUUUGAUGAUUUCCAAAUUAGAUUCAAAUCUGCUUACAAUCACACCUGUCUCUACUAAACCUGUAGAGGUGGUAAAGCUAGGACUCAGGAUGUUUGCCGGAGAAUGUCAAAUGAAUACCAUAUCUCUCAAUUUAGACAUCAAAAAGUCAUUUCAAGAGUUGAAAGUUGACAGUGUCAUGCUCGACUCAAGUAGGUUGACUCAAGUAUUGAUUAAUCUCAUGACAAAUGCUAUCAAAUUCACCAAGGACGAGAAGACACGAGAAAUCCAUGUUUCCAUAAGUGCCUCCCUGGAACCACCUUUAUUAGAGUCAUUGGCCAAUUUCGAAUACUUCCCAUCUCCUACCAGGUUUUCGAAAGCAAAUAUUACCGAUAGCGAGGAAUGGGGUAGAGGUCAAAUCAUAUAUCUUCGAUUCGAAAUAAAAGAUACUGGUUGUGGGUUAACACCUGCCGAGAAGAAGAACUUGUUCACACGUUUCUCUCAAGCAUCGCCUCGAACUCAUGUGCAUUAUGGAGGAUCUGGCCUUGGACUGUUUAUCUCACGUCAACUUACCGAAUUGCAAGGUGGAGAAAUUGGCGUGGCAUCAGAGUUUGGGGUUGGGAGUACUUUCGCUUUCUACAUUAAAUGCCGUCGUGCAUUGAUAAGGGCAAAAACUCUGGAUGUUGAAUCGCAGAUGAAUUCGGAUCUGGAAGCUAAUGGGCGACUUGCGACGAAUGUUCCGAAAAGCAUCAAGGACCAUGAAGAGAACAUGUUGAAUAAGCUCCUGGAUUUGAAGGAGAAGGGAAGAUUACCUACUAAUCGCAACUCAUUUGGGUUUGAGGAGGAAGAAAGCCAGAAGGCAAAAACGAACAAGACUCCGGAUUUUCUCAGGCCUAUUCACGUAGCAAAUCAUGGAAAGGAAGCUGUUGAGUUUAUAACUCAGACGAAUUGGAUGAGCGAGAGAGUGGAUCAUUCAAAUGUGGUUGUAUCAAAAAAGAGCACCAGCAUUCCGAACCAAACCCAAGACCCUUCACAGCUGCAUCAGCAAUCACGACCACAAAAAUCUCCCAUUCCUCUCACCCUCAUUCUUCUCGACAUUGAAAUGCCCGUGAUGGACGGUCUCACAUGCGCCAGGGAGAUACGCAAAAUGGAAAAGAAUAGAGAACUGAUAGGACAUGUGCCAGUUGUGGCAGUGACUGCCAACGCGAGAGCAGAACAAAUUCAACAAGCGUUGGAGGCCGGUAUGGAUGAAGUUAUGACGAAACCCUUUAGGAUUACGGAGUUGGUGCCAGUCAUUGAGGGGGUGCUUGUUAGGCUUGGGGGCGAGAAAGAGGGACCGCGCCAGGAGAAAGGGAAAGGGAAGGGACAAGACAACGGCUAG